AUGGAACUUCGAUCCACAGUAGUCAUAAUAACUAUCUCACUGUUCGCUGGCUUCUCGAUUCUAUUUCUCUGGAACGGACAAUUAUGUUCACCAAUACCACUUCUCGUUAACAACGAUUGUCGUUUAUCAUUAAUUGAAAGUGAUAAUUUUAUUUGUGAAUCGAAUGUCGUUUGGAAUGAACGUAAAACCGUCUAUGAAACACAAGACAAAGAAAACAUGAAGAAACG